CGCCGAGUCUUAUCCGACCAGUUACUUUCUCACUCACAAUCAAGAAGAUAUGUCUUGCUUGGUCUCAUCAACUUGCUCACACCUCCCCUUCGACUCGAGUCUCACUCGUUCAACUCGUUCCAGCAAACUCGCCUCUUCAGUCUCAUGGCAAUCUUCAUUUCCAAAACUCUCCAUCCAUAUCGGCUCUGUUAUCUCCUCUCCCAUUGUCAAGAAGGACUCUUUUGUGCAAGCUGCGUGGACAAGAAGAUCACGUGGUGAAGCAGCGAAAAGACCCAACAAGAAGUCAUGGAAGCAAAGAACAGACAUGUACAUGAGACCUUUCCUUCUCAAUGUCUUCUUCUCGAGGAAGUUCAUACACGCCAAAGUGAUGCAUCGACCAACAAGCAAAGUCAUUUCUGUGGCCACCACUAACGCAAGAGAUAUUAGGACGAAUAUACCUUCUCUUGUGGAUGACGAAGCGUGCAGACUCAUUGGUAAGCUCAUAGCUGAGCGUUCAAUGGAAGCAGACGUCUAUGCUGUCUCUUAUGAGCCAAGAAAGGGAGAGAGGAUUGAAGGGAAGCUAGGGAUUGUGAUUGAUACCAUUAAGGAACAUGGCAUUGUUUUUGUUCCUUGAUUAUGUGUUCUCACCAAUCACCAUUCUUGUGACAAGACAGUGUUGAAAGAAGAUGGAGUAGUUAAAAGAUGAUUAUAUAUGAUUUUAUUAUAUAGUCUGUACACUUUAUUUCUUCUUGUCACAAGACAUGUAUCUAAUCAAAAUCUCUUCAAAAACACUUUCCUCACAAG